GGGCACUGAUGAGGGGGCAUUGAUGAUGUUGCACUAAUAUGCAGCAAUGAUGGGCACUGAUAGGCAGCACUGACUGGCGCGGAACCAGGGGAAGACUGAUAACUCAUGGAGCCCCCGAGCAAUAGGGGAUCAUGGGGCCCCUGUGUCCUCGCCCACACUCAAACCACACCCAAAAAAUCCUAUGAAAAGUACCAGGGGCAUCUCAUGGGGCCCCCUACUGACCCCGAGCCCUCGGGCAGUGCCCGAGUGCCUGAAUGGUCAGUCCACCCCUGAGCGGAACUUCCCC